GGGAGCGGGGCCGGGGCGGCCCCCGCGGCACCCCCCCUGCCGAGGGGCAGCGUCCGGCCGGAGCCCCGCGGUGGCGGGCGGCAGCGGCAGCCCCUGGCCGCGCUCUCUCCGGGCGGUGGGGCUGCGGAACGUGCCCUGCCUGCCCCGCCGGGUGUCGCCCCUUCUGCCUGCGUGUCCUCGGAGCGGAGCUCGGUCCGUGGGAGUUUAGAUUACUGCUGAUUUGAUCCUCUGGAAUCUGCAAAAGGAAAGCCUGCCAGCCUCUGUGGAUAGCUUUGCAGUGUAACAGGAGUGGAGUCCCCGAGCAGAAUCCCUGAGAGAUGUGUGAACAAGCGUGAGCAAAGCUGAGCACCUUGGUAUUUCUGCCUCAAACCUGGGCUCGUUCCCCAGGCACGGUUUGCACGGGGUGUAAUACCCUCCUGAUACCUGGAGAUGAUGUCGGUUGAAGGGUCUACAAUAACAAGUCGGAUCAAAAACCUGCUUCGCUCCCCAUCCAUUAAGCUGAGAAGAAGCAAGCCUGGGAACAAGCGUGAAGAUAUCGGCAGUAAGGUGACCUUGGAGAAGGUGUUGGGGAUAACUGUGUCGGGAGGCAGAGGAUUAGCCUGCGACCCCAGAACUGGCCUCGUUGCUUAUCCAGCAGGGUGUGUUGUUGUGCUGUUCAACCCUAGAAAAAAUAAGCAACACCAUAUUCUGAACAGUUCCAGGAAAACAAUUACAGCACUUGCUUUCUCUCCAGAUGGAAAAUAUUUGGUUACAGGAGAGAGCGGACACAUGCCGGCUGUUCGGGUGUGGGAUGUCGCUGAGAGAACCCAGGUGGCCGAGCUCCAAGAGCACAAGUAUGGGGUGGCCUGUGUGGCAUUCUCGCCCAGCUCCAAGUACAUUGUGUCAGUGGGGUACCAGCAUGACAUGAUUGUCAACGUGUGGUCGUGGAAGAAAAACAUUGUAGUGGCAGCCAACAAAGUCUCGAGUAAAGUGACAGCUGUGUCAUUCUCAGAGGACUGCAGUUACUUUGUCACUGCUGGAAAUCGGCACAUCAAGUUCUGGUACCUGGAUGAUAGCAAAACCUCCAAGGUCAAUGCUACAGUCCCCUUGCUAGGUCGCUCAGGAUUGCUUGGAGAGCUAAGGAACAACUUCUUUGCAGAUGUGGCAUGUGGAAGGGGCAAAAAAGCUGACAGCACCUUCUGUAUCACAUCCUCAGGCCUGCUGUGUGAAUUCAAUGAAAAGAGACUGUUAGACAAAUGGGUGGAGCUGAGGAAUACAGACAGCUUCACAACCACUGUGGCAAACUGCAUCUCCGUGAAUCAUGAUUACAUCUUCUGUGGCUGCGCUGAUGGCACUGUGCGGAUUUUUAACCCUCUGAACCUUCACUUUGUCACCACGCUGCCGAAGCCGCAUUUCUUGGGAACAGACAUCGCAAGUGUGACUGAGGCCAGUCGUCUUUUCUCUGGUAUGGCUGAUGCGAAGUAUCCGGACACAAUUGCUUUGACGUUUGACCCCACCAACCAGUGGCUCUCCUGUGUGUACAAUGACCACAGCCUGUAUGUGUGGGAUGUCAAAGACCCGAAGAAAGUGGGCAAGGUGUACUCUGCUUUGUACCACUCUUCCUGCGUGUGGAACGUUGAGAUGUAUCCAGAGGUGAAGGACAACAAUCAGUCAUGCCUCCCCCCUGGUUCUUUCAUCACCUGCUCCUCUGACAACACCAUUCGCCUGUGGAACACUGAGAGCUCCAACAUUCAUGGCACAGCACUGCACCGCAACAUCCUCAGCAAUGACUUGAUGAAAAUCAUCUAUGUAGAUGACAACACUCAGGUACUUCUGGACACAGAUUACAACUCAGGAGGAAGUGCAGACAAAGCUGACACACAAGUGAUGGAUACAAAGGUGGGGAUACGCACUGUCUGCGUGAGUCCCAGUGGGGAGCACCUGGCCUCAGGGGACAGGAUAGGCACUCUCAGGAUAUAUGAGUUGCAGUCUCUGCAGGAAAUGCUGAAGGUGGAAGCCCAUGACUCUGAGAUCCUAUGUCUGGAGUACUCCAAACCUGACACAGGGUUAAAGCUCUUAGCUUCAGCCAGUCGGGAUAGAUUGAUUCAUGUCUUGGAUGCUGGAAAGGACUACAGUCUGCAGCAGACCCUGGAUGAACAUUCUUCUUCCAUCACUGCUGUGAAGUUUGCAGCCAAUGAUGGGAAAGUGAGAAUGAUAAGCUGUGGAGCGGACAAGAGCAUCUAUUUCCGCACUGCGCAGAAGACAGGAGAAGGAGUUCAGUUUACCCGAACACAUCACAUUGUUAGGAAGACCACUCUGUAUGACAUGGAUGUGGAUCCCAGCUGGAAAUAUGCAGCUAUUGGUUGCCAGGAUCGUAAUAUCAGGGUUUUCAACAUAAGCAGUGGAAAGCAGAAGAAGCUUUACAAGGGAUCCCAAGGUGAAGAUGGCACCCUCAUCAAAGUGCAAACUGAUCCCUCUGGGCUUUAUAUUGCAACCAGUUGUUCUGACAAGAACCUCUCCAUCUUUGAUUUCUAUUCUGGCGAGUGUGUUGCAACCAUGUAUGGGCACUCAGAAAUUGUAACUGGGAUGAAAUUCAGUAAUGACUGCAAACAUCUGAUCUCUGUUUCUGGUGACAGCUGCAUCUUCAUCUGGCGUCUGAGCUCAGAAAUGACCAUCAACAUGCGGCAGCGACUAUCUGACAUGAAACAGAGAGGAAAGCAGGCAGAAAAGUCUCCACCACACAAGACAGCUGGACUCAUGAGGCACGAGUCCAUCUCUGCCCUAUCCUCUGUGCCUGCACUUUCAUCAGACAGCGACAAGGAUGGUGAAGAUGAAGGGAAUGAUGAAGACGAGUUAAGUGGGCUGCAAUCUUUCCAUAUUCAGUCCAACUGCAACACUGAGAGAGACUCAGAUCCAGACCUUACCCUCUCAAGAAGCCUUUCCCAUUGGGAAAUGAGGAGGGCCAAGGAGAUAGCAGCAAUCCAGCGUUCGGAGGCACCAAUGAGCAAGAUGCCCCGGCAACGUGGGCGCUGGUCCCAGCCAACCAGCAACAUAGAGAUGACUGUGAAAUCUAUGCUUGACUUACGUCAGCUGGAGUCCUUCUCUGUUUCCCGAUCUCCAAGUCGAGAUUCGCUGUCUCAAAACAGCAAUGGGGAUGAUAGAGAAGAACAGGCAGAUCUACCUGUGCACAUCAACAAAGUUGGAAGCUCAAUAGCUCCCCAAGACAACCGGUCUUGUGUGCGGCCCCAGAUGAUUCGGCUCGUGUCUUGUGAAGAGGGGAUUUUCUCUCAGGAACUGGAACCAUCUGAAAGUGAGGAGUGUGUAAUCUACCCUGAGCAAGACGAAAUCCAUCCCACAGACCCUAACAGUGAGUUCCAGGUAAAAGCAUUGCCCCAUGGGAAGCUAAAUAGAAAUUAUCACAGCAAUGGAUGCCCAGACAAACACAGUCCUGAUAGUGCCUGCUCUGUAGAUUACAGCAGCAGUCGUCUGUCCAGCCCAGACCAUCCAAAUGAAGAUUCUGAAAGCACUGAGCCCCUAAGUGUAGAUGGCAUCUCAGACCUGGAGGGAGAGGAAGGAGAGGAGGAUGUGGGUACCAGCAUUCCAGAGGGAGAAAUUCCUCAGAUACCUGAUCAGGAAAAGUUCCUUAAGCAGCAUUUUGGGACCCUGGGCAGCACUGAUGGAAAAGGUGGUUCAUGUAGGAGUCUGGAAAGAACUGAAAACCUCAGCAUUUCCUCUCGCUUUCUUUCCCAGUCCCCGGCUCUCAGACGCUUGUCACUCUCUUCAUCGAAUCUGAUAUUGGAUUCAAAGCCCGUUGCACCUCCAACCCAGACCAAUGGAUUUACUCCAGACCUGUUGAAAAAUGGCGGCAGCCAUCCUGGUGAUGCUUUGGAGAACAGCCACCUCCUGGAGAGUAUAAAUUCACACCGGGCUGUUUAUGUCCAGAAAAAACGCAAAUCAGCUUCGGAGGCCGGCAGAGCUGGUAUGGCUCCUGGACGGGUUAUUGCAUCCUUUCCAGAAGGCCCUGUGAAUGCAGUGAUGAGAAAGGCACAGUCGGUUCACGACCUUGUUCAUGAGGAUAAGGGUCCUGGAGUGAUACCUUCUGCCAAGCAGCGUCCUCAGACUCUGAUGGUGGUUGAGAAGGAUACCAGACCUAACAAUUGCAGGGUGUUAUCAGCCAGUCUCUUGAAGAUGGAUGGAUCUGGUGCUCUGCUGGCCAAAGAUGUCCGGACUGCAAAACCAAAGUCCUACAUGAACCCCACAACCAGCUUUCGGGCUAAGAUGUCAAGGAGCAUAUCUGUAGGGGAAAAUCUGUACCUUGGUUACUCCACUGAAAUGUCGACUGAUGGGAGGACAAGUCCUCCGGUGCCAGAGAAGACACAGCUCAGUCCCACAACAGAUGCUGAGAAGAUUAAGUUACCAGUGAAAGAAAAUGUUCCAGUGAAGCCAGCGCUUCAGCCAGUUGUAAACUGCUCAUCUCCCAAGUCCUUCCACAGCAAGUUGGCAUCAUCAAACCGAGCACACCUGAUUCUUGACAUUCCUAAGCCAUUGCCUGAUAGACCCACACUGGCCUCCUUCUCACCCACUACCAAAACCAAAACCCUGCUUGAGCCACAGUCUCCGCAGUCACCUGCUGGGGCCUGUAAAAAGAAACCCUCUUUUCCUGAGGUCCGAACCUCCAAAAGGGAGAAUCAAACCUCUGGGUCUCUGGUUCCUGGUAGAGAGAACUCAGCAGGACUUGUUAAGGAGAGCCCAAUGGAGAGUCCAGUCUCAAGGACAGGUUGCCAAGAUGAGCCAGGGGUCACAAACCUAAAACUGAGGGAGUUUUCAGAGGUCCGGCACCUAAAGUCUCCUGAAAGCACGCUGCCCAGGUGCAGGGAGAGGAUCACCAGCAUCGCCUGUGUGCUAGACAACCAACCCGGACUUUGCCCACUAGACCCCAUCAGGCCGAGGUCUCCUACAUCUGUAACUGCCUCGGCACAGGUCUCAGAAUCGUGCAUCAGCGUAGAGCAGUGCGAGCAUGUGGUAUCAGAGCUCCAGGACAGCAUGCGCAAAGCCAUUCAUCUUUACCGCAUGGUGUUAAAUGAUACAGAGUCUUCUACUGACAAAGAUAAAAUAGCAGGCCUCCUGACAGAAGCAUUCUCCUUAAUGAAGAAAGAAUUGGAUUCCCUGAAGGAUGAGGAAGAGCUUCCAAAGGUUACGGAGGUACUGGCACAGUCUCAAGAUACCGCUAGGCCACUAAAUGAUGGAUCUGGUGCCAAUCUACCAAGUCCCAAGAGUCUGGGAGAUGAGCAGACACUAGCUUUGCUGGAACAGUACUCAGAGCUAUUGCUACAAGCUGUGGAACGACGCAUGGACAAAAAACUUUAAAAGCAGUGUCUUUCAGGUGCUUGUGAAUACACAGAAAUAAUCCCAAGAGAAGGACCACAGAGAGAUCUUCAGAUUGAUGUGAUCAUCGUGCUGGUCUAGAGCUGGUGGGGUGACCUUUAGAAAUUGAUUUCCUCAGGCCCCUACAACUGACUUGCUCUAAUUCUUAGCAAUGUGCUGGCCACAAUUUUAAUAUUUUUUCCCAAUUGUCUUCAAAUUCCUGUCUCUAGACAAAGUUUUGAAAGAGGAGUUUGGAGAAAUUGCCUGGAAAUUUCUCCAUAGCCAGGAGAUCAGGAUGUUUGGCACCUAAAGAAACAAAGAAAAUCCCGUUUAUCCAAGCAAAUCUGAACUGCUGACUAAAUACAAAGGAGUUCCAGUGAAGCCAAUCCCUUCUUCUCCAAGGCUUCAGGAGAAUCAAGAAGCAGACUUUUUAUGGGUUUAUUUAUUAAUUUAUUAUUUUCUGACUGUUACUCUAUGUCACAUUUGUGACUAUUAUCUUUAUUCUUUAACAAAAAAUGUCAAUCCCUUGCCAUAUCCCCGCGAGACACAAUCUCUGUAUUAUAAAUCCCCAACAGGGAGACAGGCUGGAGUGUCUGUGCAAUUAAUGAACUGUUUCUGCUUAGAUCUUGUCUUGCUGUUCUUUCUUUUCGUGCCAUAGUUUGUUACCUAGAGUAAUCUUAUUGUUGUCUUGACUACUCUGUCUGCUUUUCUCUUGUUUCACAAGACAGUCCCCAUACUGUAUUUUUAUCUGUGUUCACCUCCAGGGGUAAGACUUUGCAACCCUUGGACCAAGCUUUGGAGUUUGCUUAAUGAAAUCAGUAGUGAUAUUUUUAAUCUGGAAUUUGACAUUAUGUUGAUAUUCAUGUACUGCAGCCUUUUUUUUCCUGACACCAUUUUAAAAAGAUUUAAAUACAAAUAUGAAAGUUCAUUUCAGCCAGCUUUCAUAAUUAGGAAUUGGAUAUCAACUUUAAUGUUAUCAUGACUGGGAAAUUUGGGGUUAUGAUUUAUUUGCUGAGAAGUGAUGUUGAAAAGCUGGUUUCCAUCUCAUACAGUGUAACUGUGGAUUUGAGAGAUCUUCAGUGCAACUGCUCAUCCAUAUCAUUUGUUGAUUUCACUGUCUUGAUGGAAAAAUGUUUUCUUGCUUGACAGGAAAACAAUACUUACAUCCCAAGAAAACUGGGAUUCUCUUUCCUUUUGUAAAUCUAUUUCACCUACCUGCAGAAAAUGGUUUCUCUAGAACUUUGAACUAAGAUAUUUUUGAAUGUGUUUUCUACCAUUCCCCUACCCCCUCCCCCAAACUCUUUUCAUUAAUCUCUUGACUGAAACAGAAAAUCUUCUUUGCAUUUGUGUGUGCAAUUCUCUUCUCACCCCGUGGAGCUUCUCUAAACCUAUGCUGACCUGUGUUUGUUAUGGCUUAAAAAUGUCCAGUGAUACUUUACUAGUCAAUGAUAAGCUAAGAAAAACAAAACAAAACAUUAAAACCAAUAAAAACUCUUCAGCACCUUCCCCCUUAUUCCCACUCCUUUUCACAACAGAGGCAGAUGCACAAAAUGCUUUAUUUCUUCCUCCAUCUUCAGACUUGUAUUUAUUUUAAGGCAGAGUAGUGUAAUCCCAUUUUAUAAAACUAAUGCAAGAAGCAGCUUCCAAGUGGGUGAGAGAAUGCCAGCAUCUGGAAGUCACUAAAGGUAGCCAGUCACUUUGUUCCAUAGGUUAAAGGCCUGAAGCAAUCUUCUUUUGUUUUACUGUCCUGGUUGGCAUCUCUUGGAAAUCCUGUGGCUCUCUGAAAUGCACUCUGUUGUCUUGCUUUGUUUUAUGUCCUUUCUGUGACUGGGGAUCUGCAUUGCAGCCUUUUUCUACUGGGACAGCCAGACUGGUGACCUAUUUCUUCAAUAUACUCUAGGGAUGAAUUAUCUGCAGUUCUCGCUCUCCCCCUAACAGGUUUCUGGCUGAUCACCACUGCUGAAUGCUUCAGGACAUGGCAGCAUGGCAAGCACUUUCAGGGCUUUCCAGCUUUUUCUGCCUGUUACGUAGAUCUGCUUCAUCAAAUGUUUCAGGUGUCCUUGCUAACCUUUCCUUCCAUGGGCUUGUACUGAAACUUUAAAAGUGUUGUCUUCUAGUCCUGUCUCAGCAUUGCGCUCUUCCGAAUUGGUUGUGCAAGAGAGGUUUGAAAAGACAAGUUGAAAAGUAGAGGAAAUUUCUGGCAGUUUCCUUGAGUGAAAAGUUGUGCUGGAGAGGCUGUGAGUGGAAUGUCUGGUGGCAGUUGUGGGUCUGUGAUGGAGUUAGUGUGGGCCAAGCUUGCUUUUAAGGUGAUUAGUUCCUCCACUUUCAGACUGUGAACAUGUAUGUCCUAGUAUACAAGAAAUUUCUUGCUGUACUGGGGCCACAAGACACUCAGGUAAAAUAGCAGUCCCUUCAACCCAGGUAUCUUUUGGUACUGAAGAUAAUGGUUUGAGGGUCCUUUAUAUUACUUCCUUGUGCAAUUUUAUUCCAUUUUAUUAUUUCUACUAUGAGGUAGUGACAAAAAGGGUCAGAGAGAGCCAGAAUGAAAUUCACAUCGAGGCACAGAGCAACAACCAGUGAAGCUGGCAUAGAGAUACAAAACAAAGCUCCUUGGAAAUGAGACGUGGAGCAAAUUUGAUUUUUAAGCUGAUCAAAGUGGGUUUUGUUUCCUGGAGUGGAUUUUGCUUGGGGGUUAUGGCUGCAUGCAGGAAACCAGAGGUAAAUUAUUCAGAAUGAUGAUGAAAGUGUUGGGCAAGUAGAUCAGCUGGAGGAUGAUUGUAUAGUUUAAAUUAGAAUAGUAUGUGUAGGACAUUCAGGAAAACAAAGUAGAGGUAGAGAGUCUUGGCCUGAGGAACAUCAUUUGGCCAAUAACCAUGAGACAUAGUACAGAAAGGCUUCAGGAAAGUAGAUUUAGGACUGAGGUGGUGAUCAGUAAGAAUGAGUUGAAAGAUGUUUUUUUAAAGAUGUCCUAUUGGGCCUCUUGUUUCUUUGCUUGCUGUCCUUUAAGCAACUGCAUAUUAAAAGGCAAAAUUGUCAGCUGCUUGUCCAAGGUUUGGUAGUUAAGAACUGAGUGGUGGAAGUCCUGUAAAGGAGAUGCUAGUGCCACAAGUUUGUUGCUUAGAGGCGUGAUGAGAUAGUACUGCUGUUUGAGACUGAUGCAACUGACUCUUCCCUGGUAACUUCCUAUUGCUGGCAGUAGGAAAUAUCCCUAAAAAUUCUAGUUUACAGCAAAAAGAGAGCAUAAAUGUGUUACAUUUUGUUGCACCUUGUGAGUAUGGUUCACUACAGGCUGUCCAUUAGGCCAAGUAGAGAAAAACUGAAUGGUAGUUGCCUGGGAAGUGAAAAGGGAGGAGGUAAUAAACUUGAGUCUAUCCCUCUUACUGAUUUGGGAUCCCUCUUACUGGUUUGUGUGGGUGUUAGCACAGGUACAACCAGACACCUGUAUUAAACCAAGUUAUUUGUUUAACAUAGUCUGUAAAAAAAGAAAAAAUUUAGAUCUACCUGUUCUCCUUACAUACGUUUUAUCCCUUAUACCCAACAUUCCUGGUCAAAAUGAGAACAGUGUUGUGUUCCCCCCCGGCCCCAUCUUCAUAGUAAAUAGUGUCACUUUGCCUGCGAGACCCCUUGCUUCGUUCUUAGGCCCUCUGAAGUGGUGCAGGAGGAAGCGCAGCAAACUCCGUGUCAUUCCUGCCGCGGGUCGCUGAGGCCUUCCUUUCCCUCAGUAGCACCCAGAUGAUGUAUGGUGUUUGUGCGUUUCCUCCACCUCCUCUCUCAGGUUGUCUUCUCCUUUCUGUCAGCUCUCCCAGGUGAUGGUUGGGGUAGGCCUUAGAGCAUCCUCACCAAAAUCCCCCAUUUUGGAGAAUUCAUCACACCUCAGAGAACUGGGGUGUUUCCCUACAGGAGUAGAAAUAUACAAACUUAAUUUUUUUAAAGAAAGGAUAUGUAUAUAAUUAUAUAUAAGGAAAAAAUACAGGUAUUUAAACACCAUUGGUAGAAGUCAUGCAUGUAUAUGGUGUCAUCUCCCCACCGUCCCCAGAUGUGCAACAUCCAGGAUACUAAAUCAUAAAAACCUCAAGAAAAUAAUAGAAGCAGGUCUUGUGCGGCCCCUGAGCGAGCAGGCUGUUCUGUGGGGUAAGACAAGCACGCCCCGUGUUUCAGACUGAGUGUUGUAGAGAACAGCGGGCACAGGGCUCUGUGUUCAUGUAGGUGACCUGCUGUACCCAUGGAGGGGGAAAUGCGCGGGCAGCAACUUUAGGAAUAAGCCAUGUCCACCCCGCAUGUCUUGUGUAUGCCCUAGGCACCGGACAGCUCUACCUGUGGUCUUCAACACUACCCUUCUCCUUCAGUGGUUUAAAUAAAAACAAAAGCCCAACCCUCUUGCUUUAUUUAUAAAUGUGUUUUUAUACUUUUGCCUCCAAGUAAAAUAAUCCUUUAAAAUGUCUUUUCUUUAAUUUGAAAAAAUAAAAAGUUGUUUGGUUUUUCUUCUUCUUUUUCUUUUUUUUUUUUUUUUUUUUUUUUUUUUUUUUUUGCACUGUGAGGCUCCCCCCCCGUGCGGGAGCUGUUUUUAACUCUGUAUUCAUUUGUACUCCGUGUCUUAAACUGUUUCAAUAAAAAUGUGAUCAUUUGGUACA